AACUACACCGACUUUACAGAAGGUCUACCACUAGCUGAAUGCCAUGAGAGCCUGAGAGGCAAUCUCACAGUACGUGUGAUCAUUAGGUCAUAACUUUUUCUCACGUGGCGUGAUCCUAUUGGAUAGUUUAUGUGGAAUCUGGUUGCUUCCAAAACUAAAACUUGUACGAUCGGCCCUCCCAAACAGUUAGCAAACGCAACAAGAGAAGGUAUCAGGUAUAUGUAAGCAAUUGAAUCGCUCCAUACAUCCAGAUCUCUCACUCAAGUGGCAGAUAAUAGAGGGGAGAGGUGGUGCGGAAAUUGCUGCUUCACAGCGAUAUCACACACUCCGAAACUGUUUCAGGUCAAAGGGUGGGAAGGAUUCAAUUGAUUUUGCAAACUUGAAGGAUCGUCUCUGAAUCAAUGGGGAGAGGGGGGCAAGACUAUGGAAAAGGAGAAACUUUAAGUACUAGUACACAAAACAAAGAGAUUUUCCCUGCUUGGUCAAAAGACGUUAAGGAAUGUGAAGAGAAAUUCCAAGUGAACCGACAAUUUGGAUUAUCAGCUGCAGAAGUUGAAAAGAGGCGCCAGAUCUAUGGCUACAACGAACUGGAAAAAAAUGAAGGUACGUCAAUCUUCAAGCUGAUAUUGGACCAAUUCAAUGACACAUUAGUAAGGAUUCUGUUAGCUGCUGCCAUCAUAUCAUUUGUGUUAGCUUGGUAUGAUGGAGACGAGGGAGGAGAGAUGGAAAUUACAGCAUUUGUGGAGCCUCUUGUAAUUUUCUUGAUUUUAAUUUUGAAUGCAAUUGUGGGAGUUUGGCAAGAGAGCAAUGCAGAGAAAGCCUUGGAGGCUUUGAAGGAGAUUCAGCCAGAGCAGGCGACAGUGAUUCGAGAUGGGAAAAAGAUCGCGAAUUUUCCUGCCAGGGAACUUGUUCCGGGUGAUAUAGUGGAGUUGAGAGUUGGUGAUAAGGUGCCUGCUGAUAUGCGAGUUUUGAGUUUGAUAAGCUCCACAGGCAGAGUUGAGCAAGGGUCUUUGACUGGAGAGAGUGAAGCAGUGAACAAAACCGCUAAAGCGGUUGCUGAGAAUUCAGAUAUUCAAGGUAAGAAAUCUAUGGUCUUUGCAGGGACAACAGUUGUCAAUGGAAACUGUAUGUGCUUGGUUACACAAACGGGAAUGGAUACAGAGAUUGGGAAAGUGCAUUCGCAGAUUCAAGAAGCUUCUCAAACUGAGGAAGAUACCCCUCUGAAGAAGAAGUUGAAUGAAUUUGGGGAGGUUUUGACUAUGAUAAUUGGUUUAAUUUGUUUGUUGGUGUGGCUUAUCAACGUGAAGUACUUCCUCACUUGGGAAUAUGUUGAUGGCUGGCCCAGAAAUUUUAAGUUUUCAUUUGAGAAGUGCACAUAUUACUUUGAGAUUGCUGUCGCAUUGGCAGUGGCUGCGAUUCCAGAAGGUUUGCCAGCUGUGAUUACAACAUGUUUGGCAUUGGGCACCAGAAAGAUGGCUCAAAAGAAUGCACUUGUUAGGAAGUUGCCUAGUGUUGAGACCCUUGGAUGUACAACCGUGAUUUGUUCUGAUAAAACUGGGACUUUGACUACUAAUCAGAUGGCUGUGGCAAAGCUUGUGGGAAUGGGCUCUAGAAUUGGCACUCUUCGAUCCUUUAAUGUGGAAGGAACUACCUAUAGUCCAUUUGAUGGCAAAAUACCUGACUGGCCAGUGGGUCACUUGGAUGCUAAUCUUCAAACAAUUGCAAAGAUUGCUGCUGUUUGCAAUGAUGCUGGUGUUGAGCAGUUUGGUGGUCAUUACGUUGCUAGUGGAAUGCCCACUGAGGCAGCAUUGAAGGUUAUGGUUGAGAAAAUGGGGUUCCCAGGAGGAGUUGAUACCGCUUCGUCUUCUAACCAAGGAGAAGUUCUACGUUCCUGCCAACUCUGGAACAAAAUAGAACGGCGGAUUGCAACUCUGGAGUUCGACCGUGAUCGAAAAUCCAUGGGGGUCAUUGUUGAUUCGAGUUCUGGAAGAAAGUCGUUGCUAGUAAAGGGUGCUGUCGAAAAUGUGUUGGAGAGAAGCUCACAUAUUCAACUGCUUGAUGGUUCCAUAGUGGAACUUGAUCAAUAUUCGAGGGAUCUCAUUUUAGAAAACCUUCACGAGCUGUCAUCAGGUGCAUUGCGUUGCCUUGGUUUUGCCUUCAAAGAGGACCUCGUGGAGUUUGCAACAUAUAAUGGUGAUGAAGACCAUCCUUCUCAUAAGCUGCUGCUUAACCCGUCCAAUUAUUCAAAGAUCGAGAGCAAGCUCGUUUUUGUUGGUUUAGUAGGGCUAAGGGAUCCUCCUCGGAAAGAGGUUCGCCAAGCCAUUGAGGAUUGCAAAACAGCUGGCAUCCGUGUGAUGGUAAUCACUGGUGACAACAAAAAUACAGCAGAAGCUAUUUGUCGUGAAAUAGGUGUAUUUGGACCUCAUGAAGAUAUUACUUCAAGAAGCUUGACUGGAAGAGACUUUAUGGAUCAUCCUGAUCAGAAAAGUCAUUUAAGACAGAGUGGAGGACUCCUGUUUUCUCGUGCUGAACCAAGACAUAAACAAGAAAUCGUAAGGUUGCUCAAAAACGAUGGGGAAGUGGUGGCAAUGACUGGAGAUGGGGUGAAUGAUGCGCCUGCAUUGAAAUUGGCUGAUAUUGGAAUAGCCAUGGGCAUUGCGGGGACAGAGGUUGCAAAGGAAGCUUCAGACAUGGUGUUGGCAGACGACAAUUUUAGCACUAUCGUUGCUGCUGUCGGGGAAGGCAGAUCUAUCUACAACAAUAUGAAGGCUUUUAUUAGAUACAUGAUCUCCUCAAAUAUUGGUGAGGUUGCAUCCAUAUUUUUGACGGCUGCUUUGGGUAUUCCGGAAGGCAUGAUCCCUGUUCAACUCCUUUGGGUUAAUCUUGUCACUGAUGGACCCCCAGCAACAGCAUUAGGAUUCAAUCCCCCAGACAAAGAUAUAAUGAAGAAGCCUCCUAGAAGAAGUGAUGACUCAUUGAUCACUGCUUGGAUUUUGUUCCGUUAUCUGGUAAUUGGACUCUAUGUGGGGAUAGCCACUGUUGGUAUAUUUAUUAUAUGGUACACGCAUCACACAUUCUUCGGCAUUGACCUGAGCGAAGAUGGUCAUAGUAUUGUAACCUAUUCUCAACUUGCAAAUUGGGGUCAGUGUUCUUCUUGGGAGGGUUUUUCAGCAUCACCCUUUAUUGCUGGGUCACAAGUUUUCAAAUUUGAUGCUAAUCCUUGCGAAUACUUCCAGUCGGGCAAAAUCAAAGCUUCAACACUCUCACUGUCUGUAUUGGUUGCCAUUGAGAUGUUCAAUUCACUAAAUGCCCUAUCUGAGGAUGGAAGUUUAUUGACAAUGCCCCCAUGGGUCAACCCAUGGCUCCUCCUAGCCAUGUCUGUAUCUUUUGGCCUGCACUUCUUGAUCCUCUACGUGCCAUUCCUUGCUCAAGUAUUUGGCAUUGUUCCUCUGAGCUUGAAUGAAUGGCUUUUGGUGUUGGCUGUUGCUCUGCCAGUUAUUCUGAUUGAUGAGGUUCUCAAAUUCAUUGGAAGGUGCACAAGUGGGCUUCAGAAUUCUGACUGGAGCUUCGCCAAACACAAGGCAGAGUGAGUACCAAAUAGGAAUUGUAGUUGGACAAGAUAACCUUGAUCGGUCAUGGUUAUGUUACGAAUUACCCUGGAUCCGUUCUGCAAACCCUUUCCUUCAAACCAAAAUGAUUUGAUUAGUUUGAUUAGACAUAAUUGUAAUAGUCGGUAGGAUAAUUUGAGUGCAAAUAGUUGUUAAAGCUUCUAUUUCACCUUAGUUCUAGCUCAUGGGAAGCGAAACUUGAAUUGCAUUUAAUCUGCAUUUUGAUGGAUCGACUUAUAAUACCACAAAAUGUCAAUUGAUUGAUUUUUUGAAUGUGCUGAAGAUUGGUAAUUGGUGUUGUACAUUCAUGACAGCUGAUUCUUUUU